CCCCCUGACCCUCGCCCGCCCGGGUCCACUGGCCGGCCCGGCCCGGGGGCGACACCCACAGCAUGGGCCCGCCCCACGCCCCCUACGCGGGCAGACCCAACUGGGACCACCUCAAACUCUACACGCUUAACGCGAGAGGCCUCAACUCUCCUCAUAAACGGGCCAGAGCGUUACGGGAACUCAGAGCACUGGGAGUGUCGAUAGCCUUCUUCCAGGAAACCCAUUUUCACGCACCCCAGGCCCCGAAGUUCUCCAACAAACACUACCCCAACGGCCACUUCGCGCACAACCCCUUGACCAAAUCUAAGGGAGUAGCCAUACUAUUCUCAGCAAACACCCAGUUCCACCUGGAAGCAGAAGUAAGAGACACGGAGGGCAGAUAUCUCUUUAUUAAGGGGAAAAUAGGCAACUCCACACUCACGUUUGCAAACCUGUACCUCCCAAACAAAGGCCAGAAACCGUUUCUGGCCUUGGCCCUCAGAACCCUAGAAGAAUUUGGUGAAGGCACAAUCAUAAUUGGAGUAGACUUCAAUGCCCCCCUAGACCCCAAAAUGGACACGUCCAAAGGCGCAUCUACGAUACCAGGACACAUCCUCAGAGGAAUGAGGACUCUCCUCUCAAAUCACCAAUUUACAGACACCUGGCGCAUCCUACACCACACAGACAGAGAUUUCACCUACUACUCAGCACCACAUAGAUCCUACUCAAGGAUAGAUUAUUUUUUCACCCAACACAGAGACCUAGACACGCUGCUAGCAGCCCAAAUAGCGCCUAUGACCUGGUCAGACCACGCACCAGUAAUCAUCACCAUAGAACACCCCAAGCCCUUAAAACCGCAAUGGACGUGGAAAUUAAAUGAAUCGCUCCUGGAAGACCCACUAAUCCAAACAGACGUACGCUCCGCUCUAGAACACUUCUUCCUCACCAACAAGACACCUGACUCCACGCCGCCUACAAUAUGGGAGGCGCAUAAAUGCGUCAUUAGAGGGAUCCUUAUCAAACAUGGCACCCGCCUGAAAAAACAACGUACACAAGAAAUUGCACACCUUGUCACCCAGGUGGCCCAACUGGAAGCAAAACACAAACACACCCUCCAUGACGCCACGUAUAAACAACUUCUGGAGACUAGAGCGAAACUCAACUCUCGGUUACAAUCAAAGAUCCAAUUCCAGUUCCAACUCGCCAAAAAAACAUUUUACGAAUUCGGAAAUAAAAGUGGCAAACUAUUAGCCAGAGCACUGAGAGCGCGCAGGCAAAAAUGCCACGUCCAAAAGAUCACAGCAGCAGGGACACACAUGCUCACACCCAAAGCCAUAGCAGACGGCUUCCGACAAUACUACUCCUCCCUAUAUUGCUUACCUCUACACACUUCGCGAACAAACUCCACAGAAGCAACCUUCAUAGCUCAUCAGAAAGAAUAUAUAGCGCAGAACCUGACUUCCAAGCUCCCGCCCCGGGCCGUAACCGCACUGGAGGAAGACAUCACUGCCGAAGAAAUACAUCUAGCAAUCAAACUGGCCAAACAGGGGAAAAGCCCAGGACCAGACGGGUACACGGCAAAAUACUACAAGACGUUCGCCGACGCUCUCACCCCACACCUGCUUACCCUGUUUAACGCCAUCCAUAUGGGGAACCCACUGGAUCCCAACACGCUCCUGGCCCAUAUCGUGGUGAUACCGAAGGAAGGAAAAGACCCGUCCUCAUGCACCAGCUACCGACCAAUAUCCCUGCUGAACACUGACCUCAAGCUGCUCGCCAAGAUACUGGCACUCCGCCUCCAACCCUUACUACCGGACCUCAUCCACCCUGACCAAGUGGGAUUUGUGGAGGGAAGAGAGGCCAGGGACAACACCGUCAAGGCACUCAACCUAAUACACGCAGCUGGACGAGGACACAAGCGCGCCCUAUUGGUCUCGACAGACGCCGAAAAGGCGUUUGACAGGGUGGACUGGUCCUUCUUAUUCUCCACCCUAGAGCACCUUGGGAUGGGACCGCACAUGCUGGCCCGGAUAUCAGCCCUAUACACCAACCCAGCUGCCCGAGUACAAGUAAACGGAAUUCUCUCGGAUCCUUUUGAAAUAAGAAACGGCACGAGGCAGGGCUGCCCACUAUCGCCCCUGCUAUUUGUCCUCAGCUUGGAGCCGUUCCUAAAUGCCAUCAGAACCCAACCCAACAUCGCAGGGAUCGGAGGCGGGUGGGGAGUCAGCAAGGUUGCGGCAUACGCGGACGACCUCCUGUUUACCAUCACCGACCCAGCAUCCUCCCUCAGAGAAUUAAUGCAUCAAUUUGACACUUAUGGCAUACUGUCAAACCUAAAAAUCAACUUCACCAAAUCAGAAAUCCUCAAUGUGGGCUGCCCCCAACCACUGGUAAAUACACUACAAAAUGACUUCCCUUUCCACUGGUGCACAGAAGCAAAUACUUAGGUAUCUGGCUGUCGGCAGACCUCACAGCCAGUUUCCGAAUCAACUUCCCACCCCUUCUUGACCAGAUUAAAAAAGACCUGAACGCAUGGCAGCUGCCACACAUCACAUGGCUGGGGAGGAUCAGCGUACUCAAGAUGAACAUACUCCCACGACUCCUGUACCUCUUGCAAACCCUACCGAUACACAUUCCCACCACCUUCUUCACCCAAGCCCGACAGAUAAUGACAGAGUACGUGUGGCAUCGCCAGAGGGCGAGAUUGAACUUCGCCACUCUCACGAGACCCAAACACCACGGGGGACUGGGCCUACCCGAUCUGACCAAAUAUCGGCGAGCCGUCCAUCUCCAGCGUCUGAUUGAAUGGACACACAACCCGGAAAACAAACUUUGGAUCCCGAUUGAGGCAAGCUUCUCACAGACCCCCCUAUCUCUUCUCCCUUGGCUACCAAAAGCUAUGACCAACGAACUACCACGACAACACCCAACCAUAAACGCUACUCUGGCAGUCUGGAGAGGCUUAGCGCCACACAGGGACAUGGCCCCGGAGCUAUCUCCCCUCUGCCCUAUCUCCCAUAACCCCAAAUUCCCCCCGGCGAUGGAACCUCGCUACGUCACAACCCUAGGGCUGCCAUAUCCAUGCAGACUAAAGGACAUAUACAAACAAGGCACGAUUACCCCUCUGAGAGACCUGGUCCCAGAUACCACGCACAACUGGCCACUCCGCUUCAGAUACCACCAGCUUACGAAAUUCCUGACGCACAUGCCCGAACUGAAAUCGGCAACACGAACACUCUCCACCUUCGAAACCCUUUGCACAAGCCCCUCGAUCCCACCACACACAAUCUCACUCCUAUACACACUACUAAUCACACCUCCCACCGAUGCUCCCCUCCCUUACUUCACCAGAUACUGGGAAAAAGAUCUAGGACACCCACUCACCAGGGAACAAUGGACCACAGUGUUUACGCUCAUACACAAAGCCUCUAUAGCCACCAAAUACCAGGAAGCAGGAUAUAAAAUGAUCUCGCACUGGUACCGAACACCAGAGAAAUUAUCGGCAAUGAUGUCCACCUGUGAACCAGAAUGUUGGAGAUGCAGGAAAGAACUGGGAACCCUCUUCCAUAUAUGGUGGACCUGCCCACUCAUCAAACCAUUCUGGACGGAAAUCCACAAAGUCCUAGAGACCGUAACGGACGCGAAGCUACAACUUACACCCGAAACCUAUCUGCUCCACCUGACCCCGCUCCCCUUCAACAAAUACAAAAAAUCUGUAAUCCCGCAUCUCCUGAAUGCGGCUCGCAGCCUCAUUCCGAGACACUGGAAACAACCUACGGCCCCGACAAUCAAUGAAUGGAUGAUCAGAGUAGAAGACAUCAGACGUAUAGAGGAGCUCAUCCUCUCGGCGACGGGACGCAUACAACGCUACCACGACACCUGGUAUCACUGGUCACAAUGGCUCACCUCUGCCACAGCGAUGGGAGACGGGGACUUACAGCCCUCAGAUACAGAAGUGGAAUUGUCCCCCCGGGCCGAGGCCGGAGGAGCUGGACCGAGACCUGGGCCGUCCCCCGCCUAACCCACCACUAACUCCCUAUACCUCAUCCCGCUUAACCUGAAACCACCCACACCCCCCGGUCCCCAUUCUUCAUUACCCCCCCCUCGCCCCCUCCUGAGCGACUCCGCCCACCUACAACCCUUCAGAGACAAACCAACACAGAGAUGAAUAAUCAUGACACAAGACAAACAACGCUCACCCCUCACUCCCCCCCCCAAACACAGAUCGAACGACACGCACCGUACCCAUGACACACAACAGAGACAUACACAAGACAGCACGCCAGAGACAACACUCACGCUACACACAACACGACAACUACCGGGCCACAAACCCCCAGCUUUCUCCCCCAGCUACCAGACGGCUCUGAGCGUAGCAACACUUAGACACACAAACCAAUGCUGCCAGUAAACCCCACCCCACCCCCUGUUCAUAAAACUAACGGACCGGCUCCGAGCUCCAUACCCAAAGCCCCAACAAAAGACCCACCCCACUGGACCCCACCAACGCAACCCAGGGCAUAUCCCCACUAAAUAAGACCUCCACAUGUACACCCAUCCAACCAAUGAAACCCCACAUACUAAAACAAUAUGAGCAGUACAACCUGUUAGGUAUACCAAACCCACCCCCAAGAUAAACACUGAAUCACAUCCCCCACUAAAACUCAUAAAUCUGUAACUUACCGCAAAACUACCCACACCAUACCACAAAUGUUGAAUGAUUCAAAACACGCAACUGUUUCUAAAAGCUCUGUUCAUUAUAUGCGCAUGGCCCGAUCUUCAGUAGCCAUGACGAUGGGAUCAACUCAGUGAGUUACCAAACCCCACGGCACUGGAAUACCCACAUACAUAUUUUAUAUUUUAUGCUUUUUAUGCCUAAACCAUUACCUGCUCUGUAAACUAACUGUUACCAUGCUAUAUUAAGAUGCCCAUGUACCUUCUACCUGCUGUAUCCUUCUUCAAACUGGAUUGUAACGCGAAUUUAAAUCAAAAUAAAAACUUUUUGAAUAAAAAAACAUGAACCAUCUGUGUAUUAGGCUGAGGUUGUUGGGUGUGGGUAUAGCUUGAAAGUUGUGGUUGGUAUUGAGGAACCUGCCAGCUGGGCCAGGUUCUCCCCUAGCACCGGGUUCUCCUUUGUCUCCUUGAGCACCAGGUUCACCAUUGUUACCCUUAGGUCCAGGGGAACCCUUGGGGCCCUGAGGUCCAGGAGCACCACAGGCACCAGGGAAGCCAGGGACACCAGCAAUACCAGUGGGGCCAGCUUGACCAGGAGAACUGGGUUCACCACGAGCACCUUGGGGUGAAUCCCUGCUAUCCACAAUUAAAACAGUGCUGAAGUUACCACCUCUACAAAAGUUAGAUCCUUUGAUCAAAUUCUCUACCUCUGCCUCUAAAACUUUUCUGAUUCAAUCUCCUAUCACCUCCCAAAUGUCCUUGUCUCGCCUGCUUAAAAUCACAAUCCUUUUGUGACCGAUACAACAUACUUUUCCCUCUUUCUUUAUAUCAAAACAACCUGCUGUAUCUUUCUCAUGAAUCUUCCCAAGAAAUUCAGUUGGGGUCAAAGAGGGCCAGUCACAGACCAAUAUUUUAACCAAAAGUGAACAAGGAGGAAGCAUAUUCCAUAUGAAGGUCGAGAUGACCUAACUCACACCCCCUCUUUGUGUACACCUCUUUGUGUACCACACAGAUAUAAUAUUAAUAAGCUUUUGAAGAUUUAUUGUGCAUGUAUAGCAUGGUUGUCUAGGGGUGUAUACAUAAACAGUGAAAGCAGAGUCUUCAUAUAGGGUUUGCAUUACUGACAGUCUGGGUCAUAGGUGUAAUGCAGAGGUGCAGUUAGGUACUUUUCCAUUGUCAGAAUACAUUGAAAGCACUAAUAUAUUGCAAAUAUUAAAAUCAUAUUGCAGCUGUUUCCUAUACCUGCAAGGAUAUGGUUGUAAUACUUCAAUUGAGUUCAAAUUGAGUAUCAAAAAUUCUAACUACAAAAACUAAAUUUUAUAUGCUUAUCAAAAAUGAGUUUAACCCCUUAGCAAUUUAAUAGGGUGACCUCUUCCCAUAGAAUGGUUCCUUUUAUAAUUAUUAUAUUAUUUAUUCUCUUCUGGGUCAGCAAAAUGCUUUCAAUAUACCAAUACAAAUAUAAUACAGUAGUUUAGAAUUGCCUCAAAAGAAAUUAUCUGAUCAUUUUGCUAUAAUCAAUGAGGCAUAUUAGAUGAAUCUUAAUCUUGGAAAAAACCUAUCCUAUACAUCCAUAAUUUUUUCUUGUUAUAUAACCAUAUAACAUAACAAUUGUUUAUGUUAAAGAUAACAAAUUUUUAUUUUCUGAAAUAAUGCAAUGCACUUUAAAAGUAGCAUUAACUCUAAAUACUCCCCUAAUAAUACUGAAACAUGGAUCCACGAUUUUGAAAAGCAAAUGAUAUAUUUUUCCUUUUUCUUUCCCAGGGGCCCCUUUCUUGUCGGCUGAUCAGCGUUUUUUUAAAUCUGUUGUAAAAAGACACUAAAGGCUUGCGUUAAUGACAUGCAAAUAUUCUUUAAAUAUUCUUCAUACUCAUUGUAAUAUCACACAUGUCUUAUAACACAGAAAACAUGUAGCAGAUAUCCAGCAGACAUGCCAAUACAAAAAGCAUAUUCUUGGACAGGUAAUUAACUCAAUCCAAAAUAAAUUAAUAAAUGUCACACUCUGUGACAGACAUAAUAUAGGUUCUCAUGUUUGUGCAUUAUGCAUGUCUGCAAACUAUGCAAGCAGUACUAUUUUAAGGUUAGAUCAGAGCACCUGGCAACUGGACAGGAAAGUCGAAUUUUGGCAGGAAGUCCAUUAUUGCAACAGAAUUUUGGAAAUCAGCUAAAAUUUACAAAAACAGACUCCCUCUUUUUUUCUUUCUUAAGACUACAACUCAUAUUGCUCUUGGACUAGUAUUCAAUAAUAAAUCAGUUAUUUCAUAGAUUAUUAUGCUGCCAUUUUCAUCUGUAUCAAUACUAAGACAAACUUAUUCAAAUAUAAUUUAAAAUAACACAGCAAAAUACCCAUUAACAUACAUGACAAUUAAACUGCGCACUUCAAAAUGAGUAACCAAAACAAACAUUUAUGACAAUCAUCAUUCACACAGAAUAAACUUCUAACAGCUGUAUUCAGAACAUAUUAUUGUAAGGUAUACCAAUUCUAGUUUGUAUCAGAUUUAUUUAAGAGUUCUGGUACCAAAGGGUUUAUUUUUUAUUUUUUACAGAAGGGAUCCCGUAUGGCCAUAUAACGCCGUUUGACUUAAACAUUUGUAUAACACUUGCAUUAACCAGUUGCAACAUAUGUAUCCUGUCAAUAAAAUUUCUCUCUUAUACGCUUAUAGAACAUUUGGACCAGAUUACACAGACAUGGUAUCAUCUGCAUUUGUCAGAACUCUCAAAGACUCAAAAUAUUUAUACUACUCCAUGCACUGGCGGAUCCAGGGGCGGGGCAACGGGGCAAUUGCCCCCCCCGAGAAAUCCGCCGGUCUCCCUCCCCUGUCAGCACAUGCAGGUGCUAGCCCUGCAAUGUGCCUGCGGACCGGAGGGGAGAUCAGAGAUCUCCCUCCCCGGUCCGCAGGCACUGUGCUGGCAGCCGGCAGGGGAGGGAGAGGGAGGACCCGGAACUCAGUCUGCAGCUCCUCCGGGUCCUCCUCUCGCGAGAUUUGGAGCGUUGCCGCGGUUACCAUGGCAACGCUCCAAAUCUCGCGAGAGUGAACUCUAGCCCGGGAGCGUGGGCUAGCGUUCACUCUCACCACUGGGACCACCAGGGAAUCACCACUGGGACCACCAGGGAUGAAAAUAUGUCCCCCCUCCUCCUCAAUAAAGGUAAGAAGGGAGGGGGGACAUAGA